UCAGCUGAUAUCUCGCCGUCCAUCAUGUCUAAUUCGUAAACACAGGAGACUUGUGGUCAUUUUGCUGGGUAUCAUCCGAAAAUUUCCCUCUUAUUUGGAACAGUUUGAGACGAUCAAAUCCUGGAACACUUCAUUUUCUAGCAGAAGCCAACAAAGAAUACAAAUGGUAAUGCUGCCACCAACACCAUGUGGAUAAUAUAUGCCGUAGUUUUACACAUCCUUUUGCUGGGUUCCAUAUUUGUAAUCUACUUUCGUUCGCCGGUCAUAACAAAUCUAAAACCUCAACCUUCAUUACCUUUGGAAGCGCCAGCAAAACGUUUGGUUCUCUUCGUUACCGAUGGCCUGAGAGCUGAGUCAUUUUUCCACCAACAAUGUAAACAUAUACCCCACCUUAAGAAACUAAUACACCAAGUGGAAAAUGGUUUGGUGGGUAUUUCUCACACACGUGUACCCACGGAAUCGAGACCGGGACACAUAGCUUUAAUUGCAGGUCUCUAUGAAGACCCAUCGGCUGUAACCCGUGGAUGGAAAGAAAAUCCCAUUGAAUUUGAUACUGUCUUCAAUCGUAGUGAAAAGACAUAUGCCUGGGGUGCCAAUGAUGUCCUGCAUAUCUUUUCAAGGCUAAGCAAAAGCGAUGAACAGCGUUUAUUUUUCGAUUCCUACUCACAUGAAUUGGAUUUUUCGGGAAAGGAGAAAACCUAUGAACUGGAUCAAUGGGUAUUCGAUAAGGUGGAAAAGUUUUUGGCCCGUAAAUCCCAAGAACUGCGCCAGGAACAAAAGGUUGUGUAUUUUUUGCAUUUACUUGGUUUAGACACUGCUGGUCAUGUCCACAAACCUGGCACGGAAUUGUUUUUGGAAAAUCUUUUGUAUACCCAAGAGGGCAUAACGAAAAUGUACGAAUUAUUUGAGUCUACAUUCAAGGAUGGUAAAACUGCCUACGUUUUGACAUCAGAUCAUGGCAUGACAAAUGCAGGAUCCCAUGGUGCAGGUGAAGCUUUUGAAACGGAAACUCCUUUCUUUAUAUGGGGAGCAGGCCUUAACGCCAAACCUACGCCCACAAAGGAGACCUAUCACUUGGACUUGGAAACAACAAGGCCUCUCUAUCGUUUAGAACAAGCACAAAUAGCUCCUCUAAUGUCGGCCCUGCUAGGCAUCGGAACACCAAUGAAUAACUUUGGCAUUUUACCCAGGGGUUACAUCAAUGCUUCCGAAGAAUAUAAUUCUUUGGCUGCCCAAAAUAAUGCCCAUCAAUUAGAGGAACAAUAUCAAGCUUUACUUCGACAACACAACGAGGGCUAUCUAACGGAAUUCUUACCGAAAUUCAAUGAAGAUAUCGAAGCCAUGAAGUUGGCCAUUCGAAGCCAUGUUGAGAAGAAAAAGUUCAAACUGGCAUUGGAGGCAAGUUAUAAACUAAUGAAAUCGGCCUUAAGAGGCAUUGACUAUUAUUUUGGCUAUUAUCGUUGGCCUUUGUUGGCCGCCACCACGGCGACCUUUGUAGGUUUCAUAGGAAUAUUACUUAAAUUGUUAUUGAGUAAUGAUGCCAACACUUCUUCGAAAUGGCAUUUCAAACAGGUUCCCCAUAGAAAUCGUCUGCUGGUAAUUGGCAUUGGCCUCUUGAUUUUGAGUUUUUGUUUGUUACAACAACUGCCCAUUACAAUUAGUUUAUAUCUUCUACUUCCCACGGUGGUGUGGUAUUUCUUUGUCACAGCCAAAUCCCAAAGUCUGGGCAAACUAUUCAGUAUUAAACAGUUGCUAGUCUUAUUGGCCUGCUCUGAACUUUUGGUUUAUAGCUUCUUUGAUAGAAGAGCCAUUUCUUUGGGUUUUCUUUUGUUUACUUUAUACGAGAAGUUAAAUAAGAAUUCAUUGGCUAAAAGUAAAUUAAAAUUCUUUGUAGGUUUGUUAUUGAGUUUAAUCCUCAUUGUGUUCCCUCUUCUACCAAACUCUGUGGGUUAUUCUCACAAUAUCUUGUUGUAUUUGGGUAUAGCCUUAACUAUUUUGCGUUCAUUUUUGGUCAAAGUCCCACUAAACUUAAGUGAUCGCAUUGUUGCCUUAUUGGCAUUAGCCAAUGGAGUUUUAUGCAUUUACCGACAUUCAAAGCAGUAUGGCUUGCUCCUGGUUUCUCAAAUCCUUUCAUGGGCAUUCCUAUUAUAUAUUCUAGUCGUUCUUGUCAGGCCCUCAAAACUUUCAAUUAAACAACGCUUGGAACGCCUUAUAUUUCUUCUAACGGCUUUAUACUCUCUGUUUUGUACCUCCUAUGAGGCCGUGUUUGUUUUAUUAUUAAUUACAGAACUCCUGUCUUCAGUAGAUGGUGACAAAUCUGCUAAUCACAUUUCCGAGUGUUUUAGAUAUUCUUUUAUAAUGCUACUCUAUACAUUCUUCUCGUUUUUCGGUACCGGCAACAUAGCCUCGAUUAGCUCAUUCGACCCAAACAUUAUUCGUUGUUUCUUGACAACGUUUUCACCAUUUGUUAUAAUGUUUUUGGUUAUAUUAAAACUUAUCAUUCCUCUGCUAUUGAUUAUGUCCAUUAUAUUGGCCCUGUCGCCAUUCGCCGUGCGCUAUGAGAGGCAAAUUUUUAUUUGUCUAUUGAUACUUUGUGACAUUAUGGGUUUGAAUUUCUUAUUUUUGGUAAAAAAUCAAGGUUCAUGGCUGGAAAUUGGUUCAUCCAUAUCACAUUUCGUCAUAAUGCAAGUUACCACGUUGGUUCUAAUAGUAUUUGUUUAUAUAUCAAAAUUGAUAUUGAAAAUUCGUUAUCAAGAUGAAGUAAAUUUGGACGAUAGUUUUGACAAAAUUAAUUAAAUUUAAUAUUCUAAUAUAAACCAUUAGUUUGUAUUACAAUGAUAACAAAAUAAAAAGUA